UCUCAAAGACAUUUCUCUCAGCCCACUCAUCCUCUGAGCACUCCAGUCCUCCCCACUCAAUGAACCACCGUCCCAGAAGAUCUCCCACGGGAGCAGAUGUAUGGCUUCAUUAGCCACAAAAUCAAAAAACAUACAAUACGGGUCCAUUUGUACUGGUCGGCCUUUCACCAGGUUCAGGUCUGCUAGGUCCAUCAUGCUGGGUUCGUACUGUCAGGGUUUUUCAGGAAAGGACCCAAUCGCAGACCAGAUGCAGGGAAAAACUCAGAAACACAGAAUACGCAGAAGAUCCCAACUUAAGGAUCCAAACACGGGCAGAGCAAAAACAAGAAGACAAAACAAACACAAGAAGCACAUGACAAAAUAAACAAACAGGGGAAAGCACAUGUCAGGAACAAGGAAACACAAAACAAAGACAGAUAGCCUGUGGCAAUAUUGGCUUAAUAAACAACAAUUAUUCAUCCUCUCAUAUAUAAAAAGCCAUACCUGAUCAUUUCACAUCCACCAGUGACCAAAGAGAGUAACAAUGGCAAUUCAGGUCCUUAUACCCAUACUGCUGUUCUGUGCAGAGGCCUUCUCUCAGACUUCUUUGCCGCUGGACUGUGCGGAUAUCUAUGAUGAAGGCUUCAGGGCAAACGGCGUUUACACCAUAUACCCAGCAUGUGCCACGUCGCCUCAGUACGUAUACUGUGAUAUGGAGACAGAUGGUGGGAAGUGGACUGUGUUUCAGAGGAGGAUGGAUGGCACAGUGAACUUCUUCAGAGGAUGGGAGCAGUACAGGAAUGGCUUUGGACAUGCAGCGGGAGAAUACUGGCUUGGUUUGGAAGCCAUUCACCUCCUCACUGAGAAGACUAAGUAUGAGCUGAGGGUAGACAUGGAGGACUUUAAGGGGAAUAAAGCAUUUGCCAAAUACUCAUCGAUUUCCAUCCGCAACGAACUGGAUGGAUACAGACUCACAGUGAGCGGCUUUCACAACGGAGGCACUGGGGAUUCUUUGGCUUACCACAGUGGACAGAAGUUCAGCACAUAUGACCGUGACCAAGACUCAAAUAAUGACAGCAACUGUGCAUUCGUAGGAAUGGGAGCAUUCUGGUACAACAGCUGCUACCACGCCAACCCAAAUGGCCUGUACAGCUGGGGUGAAUCCUCUGUGCUCGGAGCAAAUUGGCGAACCUUCAAAGAGUUCAACUCUUUGAAGGCCAUUUCCAUGAAGAUACGACCACUAGGGAACUAACCACAAUACCAUUUCUUCUUGUCUAUUGUGUGUAUGAUGUAUUAAAAAAUAAUACAUUUUUAAAUCAA